GUCGUGGGUGUCGAACACCAAGCAACAGUUGGCGCCGUUGGCUGAAUCCCUGACCACUGCCGUCGCCGCCGAUUCGCAGUAUCAUUCUUUGACAGCAACUUUGCGGCCAUGGCUCCCCGCAAGUUCGCCAGCGUCAACCACAAAACGAGGCCGGCCGGUCGAAUGGCCCCGUUCAGAGACGACACCAACCUGGUUGCUUUUCGAUAUGAGCAGACCAAGCAGGCGGAACCUCCGAUUCCAUUCCCUCCUCCGAGGAACCCUCUACGGGGGAUACGCCCUCGAUCAUCCGUCACCACCGCAACCUCUCCCAUCAUCAUCCCUCCUCCUUCGGCAGCUCCACCCCAAGAGCAGCACCCCAUGUUUCGCACCCAGCAUACGCCGGUAGAGCGGUCCGAUACGUGGAAGCGGGAUUCUGGCCUGGCACCUACCUCAUCGUCCGUGACGAUCCGCGUGGAUUGUGACGACGACUACUUCGGCGAGAAGGUUGUCGACGAGCUUCGCGGCACGACCUCUCUGGACGUCGGCGACGACAAGUUUACAGUGCGGCAGAAGGAUCAAUCCCAUCUCCCUCCUACAUCGCCGCUCAUUGCAGAGUGUGCUCAGGAAGCGGAGCUGGUUCUGCCGACACGCACAAACUCUGCUUCAAAGAGGUUAGCAAAGGCAUUUGGAAUGCGGAGCUCAAAUUCCACAAAACGGUUGAAGAAGCGGGGCGGGGAUGACAAGGUUGCAUCGCUGGUGUCCGCGUGGGGCUCGCUAAAGUCUAACCCCGUGUCGCCUAAAUCUCCCAGGUCUCCCACCUCGCCCACCUCGCCCAUUCAGGAGCCGCCCCAACGACCGCCAAGACCUUCGGAAGGCUUGCAACUCCUUUCGCCCCUACAAAUGGAGACCACGUUCAGCCCCAUCACCACCCCGAUCCCCACCGACAGCCUCUUGGACGAGGAGCUUAACCAGCUGUCCUUCUCGAAACGGGGCAGUAUUAUGUUCGGCGGGAAGCGCCCAUCCGUCGGAUUAGCCCAAUCCUUGAUGGACAAGUUCAAUGAAAGGACAUCAUCAUCAUCCCUGGAUAACACCAACAACCACCACCACCAUGGCGACGCGACAAACUCCCAGGAAGGAUCGUCGAGGCCGAGGCCGAUACCGAACAUCAGGCUGCUGCCGGUAGAUGUAGAGAGGGAUUCACAAAAGGUGAGAUCGCUCUAUGAUUCCGGCGAAUGCCUCGAUUGGAGAGAGGGGGGCCGAGCUCCAGCUCUUGCUGGCCGUCUCGCGCCCGCAGAGGAUGCCCCAGCAGACGAGGGAGAGAAUGUCGCCGCUUCUCACCAACCAGCCCAAGAAGCCCCUACCACGCAUACUCCACUUCUCGGUACGCCACGUGCGGCCAAUUCGUCGCUGCGACGAGAUAGCGCGGCGCGGAGGGAGUUUGAGCUGGCCGGCGGCCUGGAGGACUGGGAGGAUGUCGACGGCGCGGAUGUCGAUCGCUACGGUUUUAUCUGUCCCAAGGGGUCAGGAUCGAGGGCGGAGGCCGCACUGUCGAAGCCUUCUGAAGAACAGUCGGGGCCCGCGAGGAAGAGGAACGUCCUAUCUAAGAGACCCGGAACGUCGAAUUCGGCCGCGGGCUUCGCGCCGGCGCACGAAUCCGGCCGCAAUGUCUCGGCACGCUCGUUAAACACGCAAACAUCCGAGUUCUCGACCGCCUCGAGGCGGUCGGCCCGAUUGACGAUACGUCAGGCCACGAAUCGACUGCCGCACAACAAGGAGAGGAGGUGGAUGGACGAGGCCGGCGAGAUGCUCAGCCUCGCGCCCGGUCUAUCCGACAUCGUCGAGGACGAACAUGCCGGCAAGCUCGCCGAGGCCUCGAAGCGGAAAGAGUCGGAGCGGGCCGAGAAGUGGAGGAAGAUGGCGAAGGUGAUCAAGAACGGCAAGGACGGCGAGGGCAUGGAGUUCGAGUUCGACACCAAGAGCCAGAAACUGGUUGACCGGACCUGGAAGGGCAUCCCCGACCGAUGGCGGUCUGCGGCCUGGUAUUCCUUCUUGGCCACUAGCGCCAAGAACAGGAGAAGUAAGGAGACGGACGAGCACCUCGUUGCCGAGUUCCACCGCCUCCAGGACACGAGCUCGCCCGACGACGUGCAGAUCGACCUCGACGUCCCGCGGACGGUAAACAGACACUUGUUGUUCAGGAGGAGGUAUCGGGGUGGCCAGCGAUUGUUAUUCAGGGUGCUGCACGCCAUUGCACUUUACUUCCCAGAGACUGGCUAUGUACAGGGUAUGGCGUCACUGGCGGCCACGUUGCUUUGCUACUACGAUGAAGAGAAAUGUUUCAUCAUGAUGGUGCGCAUGUGGCGAUAUCGCGGCCUCGAGCGACUUUACCAGCAUGGUUUCGAUAGCCUGAUGGAUGCCUUGAAAGACUUCGAACAGCGCUGGCUGGGUGGAAGGGCCACCGCUCGUAAGCUGGCCGAGCUAUGCAUCGACCCGACGGCAUACGGCACCCGCUGGUACCUUACGCUCUUCAACCUCUCAAUACCUUUCGGGGCUCAACUACGGGUCUGGGAUAUCUUCAUGCUCCUCGGCGAGGCUAGCCUGGAACCGCCAAGUGCCGGUACGUCGGACCUCGGGAAGGGCAAGGAGGGCAAAGAAGGCAGAGAGGAAGACCCCUCCGCCUCCCUCGACAUACUCCACGCGACGAGCGCCGCCCUGAUAGACGCGCUGCGGGAGGUCCUGCUGGACUCGGACUUCGAGAACGCCAUGAAGGCCCUGACGUCGUGGAUCCCGAUCAAGGACGAGGAGAUGUUGAUGAAGGUGACCCGCGCGGAGUGGAAGCGGCACCAGGGCAAGAAGAAAUCCUAGCCAAAGGCGCGCGCGCGAGCCGCCUGCUCCAACUUCGUCAUCCAGCCUCGACCUGAAUCGGCGGCCUGCGAUCUCUCUCUCUCUCCUUUGUAACUUCCCCUUUGUCAUCGGUGACGGGCAAGGCGUUCCUGGUCUCAAUACCCUGGUUUUCCUUUCCCGUUUCGAUGGCUUCAUCGGUCUCGGACGGACGAAAAGUUUCCUUUGUUGGAUUUGCUUCCUGGGUGCGGCGGCGACAGCCGAACAGAGCUUUCUUUCGGGUAUUGUGACUCGAGUCGAAUGAAAUUGUACUGUGCGAUCCCUAUGAUACCCUGCACU